CGUUACCACACUGAAGAUGUAACGGUGUUAAUCCUCACUCUCCCUGUAACCCGGAACCUCGUAGGGUGAACCACCAAGCCACUGUCAUUGGGGUAACAAGCCAUCUUCAGACACCUUCAAUCAACUCUACUAAAAACAGGAAGAAGAAGUUACAGUGGGCGGAGUGACCUCUUGACCUUCAGCCCGACCUUGACCUCCUACCUAGAACCGCAUCGGUCCUUUUCCAAAUCUUAUCUAUCACAUGGACUUGACUACGUAACAGGUUCCCCCCACCGGAGCUCCAGCACUCACUUUACUGGUGACGUCGUACCACGGAGCUAUGUGAGUGGAAACAGUAUGUCACGCUACGGCUCGCGUAGCUACGACACGGGGGGAUCACGUCGCUUUGAGUCAAGUCUACGCAGCUACGACACAGGAAGCAGUUACAAGAGCUACGACUCGGGUAGGAGGUUUGAAACUGGGCGGACGUACGACUCGGGCAAAAGUUAUGAUAGUGGUCGAAGCUAUGGAACCAGUGGUAGCACCAGUACCACAUCGAGUAGAUAUGCCAGUCCCACAUCAAGUUCAAGGUCAUACACAUCAGGCACACCAUCGUCCUACUCUCCAACAUCAACAAGAUCAUACAGUAGCUCCUACUCAUCGCGGAAUGGAAGUAGCGAAACAGGUUCAAGGCUAACCAGGACAAACAGCUCUUCAAAGCCAAGUGAUGGUACUUCAUCACCAACAACCGAGUCCAGAUACUCUCGCAGUGGAUACACAUCCCCACGAAGCAGCAUCCCAACACGUUCCUCAGAGUUAGCAAAUGGGAGGAGCCCACGAUCUAGUUUGUCAUCAGAACCUUCAUUAGAAUCUAGGGAAGAUUCUCUGACUCGAAACACAGAAGGUCGAAGGUCACAGCGGAACCGGGACAAAAAGUCUGAUAGUGAUGAUAACAAAGAUGAGAUUCCAUCAUACCGCAGAUAUUCCCGAUCAUAUCUGGAUACCAAGACAGAAGGUGACAAAGAUGACAAGAAAGAUGAUACCAGAACAUACAGCAGAUAUGGCCGAACAUACCAUGAUUCGAAAACAGAAAUAGAUAGCGACAAGGACAAGGAGGACAGGUCAGUUAGUAGAUAUUCACGGCGACAUCGGGACACAGAUACUGAUAUAUCAGAAACCAAACCAAGAUAUGAGUCCAAGUACGACACUGGCUCAGAUACAACAGAAGCUAUUCUAAAGCGAGCAGAGAGACGUCGGUUGCGUGCUGAAGCUAAGAAAGAUCUGGCUGCUACAGAUGACUGUGGUACCAAAGAUGAUUCUUCAAACACAACAAGAGAAGGUGAAAAAACUGAUACGAAGGAAGAUGCAUUGACAGAAUGGCGACGAAUGAGAGCACUCGGGCAAGGUUCUCUGAGUUCGGACCUAAGUUUAGACAAACCUGAUGCCACAGAUAGGCUAUCAAGGAGAGACAGGACUGGCUCAUUGAAAGACAGCACUGAUGAUAGUGAUACUUUUGUGAGGCAGUCGAGCUAUCGGAGACGCCAUAACAUAUCUGAGGAGAAGGACACUGAUUUUUCUACCAAAGAAGAGAGUAGCACUCCAACUAGAAGUUUUCGUCGUUUCCAGCGGGAAAAUCAAUCUGAAGAAAAAGAAGAUGUAAAUGAAAAGAUUCGAGAGAAAUCUGAAGAAAGGGCAUCACGCGCUGAACGAAUUGCAAAAUAUAAGGAAGAGCGUCGAAAGGAACUUGCUGCCAUUUCUAAUCUUACUAAACAGUUGGAUAGUGAUUCAGAAGGUUCAGGAGUGGUUGCUAGACCGUCUUUGUUUCUAGCAGCGAGUUCCCAGAGGCAGAGCUCAGAGGAGAGAUCUGAAGAUGGCAAAGGUGCUACAUCCAGUCAUGCUGAUGGACAGACGCAUAGAAGACGUCUACCUGAAAUACCCAGUUUCAGACAAGACAUAUCAGGAGCAGACAUAUCAGUUGGUGGUGUUGCCUCUAAAACAAAACCCGAAGUUGUUUCCAGUGACAGUGGCAUAUCUGAAAAUGAGGCAAGAUUUCGCAAAGACACAUCUCUGAAUGCCAAAUUAGGUGUAAGCGCUACCGUGAAACGGUCAUCUUCAUUAAGAGAAGAUAAAAGUUUGGCAGAAACAACGAAACAGUCUUCAAGCAGGUCCAGAGAUGAAACCAGGAACAAGUCACGUAGCCGUGAUCGUCUGGAUGUAGACAGAACUGCUUCAAAUCGUCACUCUUCUGGUGAUAAUCGAUCUUCAGAAGAUGAAGGGUCAAAGUUAGAUGUCAAAAGUCGAUCAAUAUCUGAAAAGACACUAAUAUCAACAUCAAAAUCAGUACGAAGAUCACAAAGUGAUGUCACUCGCACGUCACAUAGUGACCCCAACUUGGAAAGUUUGGGGUCAGAAACCCUGCUUGCAUCAAGUGCGCUUGAUCAACUCAAACUGAAACAGAUAGCAAGAAGGGGAGAACUUCUUGAAAAGAAGACUUUCGGAGCUAAGGACAGAUCAGCUGACUACCAAAAAUCAUCUGAGAAAGCAGGAACUGAAAAGUCAGAAAAGACUACUGCAUCAAAAACUCUUUCUCCACUGAAAACUCCAACAAAGAUUGUCGGAGGGGAACGGAUGCCCCUCUCCCCUGAUCCACUGGAUGAUUUGUUAAAGAAAAAUGCUGCAUUCUUAUCAGAUGUAGAUAUGGAGUCAGAGAUUGGUUCCUCAUCUUCCAAUGCUUCAAAGUCUUUCAAGAAUGAUAAACCUAGAAAAUCCUUGAGAAGACGUCACCUCCAGAAAUCCAUGAGCAAGAAAUCUUCAGUGGAUGAGGAUGGGAAAGAGGAAACAGCUAAAAGGCUGUCAAAGGAGGUGGAUGCAACUGAGGAGGGGGCUGCUGCAGAUGACAAAUUCUCUUCAGUGACAUCUGCUGUGAGGAAGCAGACGCACAAUUCCUCUGAUAACCUUCAAGGUGAAAAUAAUAACUUGGAAUUACAGGUGACAGAUAUAUUGGAUGAGUUUGAAUCUUCAGGUGGUUCUGAAUCUUCGGAUACACAAAUGAGAAAGUCAGCUCUAGGACUGCGGAGGUCUGAGUUCGAUACACGCCAUGUGGAUGAUUAUACAAACAGGGACAGGUCAGAGAAACGGAGACGCUUUAUUACAAGAAAUGCACAGGCUGUUAAGGAUUCGGAUAGUUUACCAGGAUCAACGGAGAGUGAAAGUAUGUUUGAAACAGCCCCGUCUGCUCCAUCAAGUACAGAACCUGUUAGACGAAAAGUUCGGAAAGACAAAAGUGCUCUACGCAAGUCCUGUCUCAACAGACAUGAGGAUGACAAUUCCUCCAAACUUGGCAGUGUAGACUCCUCGUCAGACCGAGGGCAGGACAAGGUUUCUUAUAUACAGUCAACACAUCUGCAACUACGUUCAGGUUGCACUGACCUCAACACUACCCACAAUACCCCCCUCUCCUCCGCCGCACCCACAGCUAACAUCAAGUCACGUGCCCGAGCACUGGUGGAACGGGUAGCGCAGUCUAACAAACCACAUAUCUCUACGGGUCCAAGUUCUAUCUCAAUCAGCCAUAUUGGAAGAGAAGAGGGAAAGAAGAGGGUGAAUGCGACAACAUCUGAAGAUUCCAGGACACAUCUUACACGUCCAUUGUCUCAGAAGAAGGAUAUAUCUUCUCUGAUUCAGAGGUUUUCAAAUUCUGAUGCAUCCAGUUCAGAAAAGUCUGACACAGAGACAAAUAUUUCUCGUAGACGUGUGUUACCUAUUCGUAGGCAGGAUCCUGUCGUGAUAAGCAGCAGCCCUAGUGAUGAGUCUAAUACUGAGAGUUCGAGACGUACACCUGAACGUACGCAUAGCCUACGCAUACAUGGCUCAACUGAGACAACGGACAGUAAAGUUCAAAGAACAAGUAGUUUCAAAUCAGAUUUCAUGCGUAGAAGGUUUAGUGGUGAUACAGAUAAACCAACCCCAGAAUUGGCUGAUGUUCUUGGGAAACGUAGCAAUAUUGUUGAAAAACAGGAAGAGGAAGACCGAGUGAGGAGUGCUGCAAAGGCAACAUCAAAGUAUGAGAAGGCAGACACCUGGAAGGCGGCAGAGGUGGAGGAGGUGAUUGCUGACAAUGAAGUAGCUGCUGUCUUAAAAGCAAGACGAAAGCAGACUGAUUCACUAUCUGACAAUGAAACAAAAGAGCAGGAUAAUAAAUCAUGUACAUCAUCAAACAUAUCUGAGACAAAAACCAGUUUAAAAACUCUUGAUUCCACCCUAGCACUAUUAAACAGGGUCACAGAGGAGUUGGACAGUCCUGCAGCUCUGUCAUCAGACUCAGAAAUACUUGCACCUGUUCUGCUAGUUUCUCAACGCAAAAGGUCAAGCAAGGAGUCAAUUUCAGAGGCAGAACAGCUGAUCAAGAGUGUUGAAUCCUCCAUCACAUCGCGUACAUCAGUUCCCAUAUCAGGCACCUCUGUCACAAAGGGAGAUAACUCUAAGGAGCAAAAUGUCAGUGGACUAACCACUAGCGAUUAUACAACAGAGUGCAAGACAAGGGGUUGUUCUGACAAUGUGGGAGAUACUGGAGAUGUUUCCGUCACACACACCUCCCACAGACAUGCAGCCAAGCGGGACAGUGAGAAGGCUGACUUUGCCAUGCCUCUGGAUGAGAAAUGGGUGACAGAUAGGAAGAGAAAAGAUAAACAUGAUCCAAAUUCCAUCUCACCUUCUAAAUCAUACCACGAUGAUACAGAUACUGGGAAAACAAAUGGAGACAUUAUUGGAAAAACAGAGGGGUUAACGGAAGAUACAGAAAUUAUGGACAGUGCCAAGAAACCGGGUAAAGAACUCGACCCCAUCACCAGCAGAAGUGUGGAUUCUUUGAGGACUGACACGUGGCAUGAGACAUCCUCCGACAGGUAUUCUUCAUCCAAUCUACGCAGGGCAGAAUCUCUUAAGGAUACCUCUAUCAAGAGGACAGAUUCACUGGAACGCAGGAAAGGUAUUUUGAAGCGCACUCCAUCCCUACCAAAACAGCCAACUCGACCAAUUGUAGACCCCGAACUGGCAGAAAGGUUACGGAGACAGCGAGAGAAGGAGAAUGACUUGUCAGAUGAAGAUGAGCAUAAACCUAACCGCAUGUCUAUCAUUGAGGAUAUACAGGAAAUUGAAUGGAGAGAGAAGAAGGCUGAGGGUUCGGAUGGUGACAGCGACGGGGAUGGAGGAGUGAAGUUGUCUGUCUUCGAGAGGAUUUCCAAAAUGGAGAAUAAACUGGAAGAGGAGAAGUUCGGCUCAGCAAGGUCAAGGUCAGGCUUCACAACACCAAAGUCUGCACAGAAAACAUGGAUGGAGAAAUCCCGAUCUGAGUCCAGCUUCGAUUCUGGAUCCAGUCAUCGUCUAGUGUCCGGAGAACAGCUGAUGGAGAAACUCAAUGUACUAGCAGAACAGACGGAUGUCCUAGACCUUGCUGCCAAUAAACCAGUCAGUGAGAGACGACAACAAUUCCAGCGCCGUAACCGUGACGACUGGAGGACAAGAACACAACCAAUCACCAUUGAGGAAAUUCAUGCAGCAGACAAUUUGGAGACAGUGAGUGCCUUCCGUUCACUAAUUCGUAAAAAGACUACCAUCAAUGCAUACAAUCAGAUGCGAGACCUUAAUAAAAAAAUUAGUCCUGUUGGGAAGAAAUGUGAAUUUCCUCAGCACAUAUCACCUGAGAAAAGCAAGCGUCGGACUCGAAGCCAAAGGCACAAAACUACACCAGUCACAGCAGCAGAACUCAGUGCCAUUCCAGAAGGAGAGACAAUGGAGGGGGAUAGGUCAAAGAUGGGCCAUGGAAAUCGGGACUCCACUACAGACUCGGGAAUCUUGUCUGAUGCUGACAGUCUCCUUGGAAGAAACUCCUCGGAGAAUUUACGUAGUUUGACACUGGAGAUGGAUCUGAAUGAAGAUGAUCCAGCUAGAGGGAGUGUUUCUGCCAAAAUGUCCAUGUUUAAAGCAAUCGAAGAAAGGUCAAAAGCAGAAAAAGAAAAAGCAAAAUCUGCAAGUGGUGCCAAACGAUAUAUUGACCGGAAAAAACGAGAACGGUCGCGAACACAACCUGUAACAGAAGAUGAAGUCAAAACGGCAGCUGAGAUCUCAGACCCCGCGGAGGAGAAGAAGCCAGAGGUGAACAUUCCAAGACCUCGAGUAAUCUCCAGGGCGAAGUCAGUUGAACCAGAGGAAAGCUGCGUUGCAGAAGAGGAUGAGCUUGUUGGGCUCAGCUUGGCUGAAAAAGUGAAACUCUUCACCCAGAAGAAAGAAGAAAAAUCUCCAGCUCGUACAGAUGCUCCUGUCCCUCGGAGACGUGCUCGCAAAAACAUCUCAAGAUACAGCACUCAGCCUGUGACAAUAGAAGAGGUAGAGAAGGCUGCAUCACUGAACCGUGUGUCCCCACUGGCAGCAAGCCUGAUCAAGCCUCCAGAUCCCGAAAUCUUGAAGAGUCUUCCCAUCAGUGCACAGAGGGAGCUGAUGGCACAGCAUGCCGAGGCCUGUCUCUCACAGCCAAACUCCAGGCCAGGCUCAAGGCCAUCAUCCAAGCCAGGCUCUAGGAGAGGGUCUUCACAUGAUCUCGAAGAUGAGACCAGUGAGAACCUCCAGGGCGUGCGGAGCAUCCUGAAGCAGGAGAGUGGACAGCUCAGUCCCGAGGCUGAUGUCAAGGGCAUACUUAAAUCAGAGAAGAAUAAGAAAGAAACUGAGCCCCGAGGUAUCUUGAAACGGGGAGAGAUAAGUGAUACUAAUUCGAAACAAUGUGACAGUGAAACUCACAGUAUCUUAAAACAGUCAGAGCUGGUGUCCAAAACAAAUGAGGACUCAGAGCCAAGAUCUAGCUUGAAGCAAACUGAAUCGGAGUCAGUAGCAGAUGCCAUUGAUCCAAAUCGAGGGAUUUUGAGAGCUUCAGAUUCUAGAUUGGAAUGUGAGCCAAAGGGUAUACUCAAAGGUGAAUUAUCUGAUGGCCUCGAUGUGAAGGGAGUGUUGAAAAAAGAGCUGAAGGGAGAUAAAUCUGUAACGGAACCAAGAGGGAUUUUGAAAAAAGAAGGUUCCUUUGAAAUACGAAAAAGUGAGCCAGAGAAAAGUGUGUUGAAAAGUUUGGACUCCAAAGAUGACCGAGAUCACAACCUGAGGAGUAUUUUGAAGAAAGAGCCAUCCAAAGAGAAUGUUGGAGUGGAAACAGGUAGCAAUGAUGGGACACAAGCCCACCUUGGAGAAGAUGAUGAUCAGGAGGUCAGUGAAGCAGUGGAAGACCACAUCAACAGAAGACGGCCUCGUCAAGGGGACAGAUAUUUGACUCAACCUGCUGACUUCACCCCUGAGAAGUCACCCCAGAGUCGGCGCAAGUUCAAAUAUGAGGGUCGUCACCUAACACAGCCAAUCACGCCAGAGGAGAUGAAGGAGGCGAAGGCAGCGGCCACACCCUCCCCAGUCAAGCCAGGGGGCUCCAUCGGGGACAGGUUGAAUGCUCUCAAGAAAAGUGGUGAGGAGGACUGGAGACGUCGGGUUCCCAAAACCUUGGACCUUGACACACCAGUCAAACUGAGGGACAAGACCAACCUUGCUGGAGUAGAACGCCCGUCCAGCCUUGCUGACAGACUGAAAAAUUUGGAUGAGUCCAAAGGAGGAUGGAAGGAGAGGGUGGAGGAGAAAGAUCAGGAGCAGUUUACAGUGAAGGGAAGACUUGGCAGGGGAGGAAGCAAGGAGAGCCCCUUGGUGGCCAGACUGCGACAGACUCCAAAGAGAGAUGGAGAUCCCUCCUCAAAUGGUCCGUCCCCAGUGACAUCGCCAACAUCCCCUUCCAAGGAAUUUGCAGUAGUCACAAAGAAAAUCUCACUGCCCAAGGAAAUCAUUUCAGGUCCUGCCCCGGUGAAGACUGAGCGUGAGAAGCACGUGGAGGAGGAGGAGAAAAAGGAGCCUGUGAGAGUGGCUGUGCCACAGAUGGACACAGAAGCCAUCGACUCCUUCUUCCAGACCAGGGACAUUUCACAGAUCAAAGAUAAAGUGGAUGUUGACAUUGACGACUUUAAUGAGAUAUUCAUGAAGGCAAAUGAAAUGCUUCCUGCUGUAAAGAAAGCUCGUCCAGCCCGCAGUAAGUCUACCCGCAGUCGGAACCACCUGAAAACAAGGUCACUACACUUGGAGCUGAAGGAUGAGUACCUCGAGAUCAGCCAUGGGGUUGCAGAGAAGGAGUUCAAGAGGAUGAAGAAGGAAACAAUCUCAAAGGAGGCAGGGUUUGCUCAGGAGGCCUUGGCUGGCCUGGCCAGCAAGGAGAACUUCUCCAAGGUGGCACUGAGGAAGGCUGAGUCCUCCACGCCAGGAGGCACAGGGUCCUUCCAGCCCUACAAACCCCUCAUGCUUCUUCAUGUCAAAGGGCGAUACAAGAUCCAGACUCGCCUGGUUGAGCCAUCAGCAGCAUCCAUUAACAGCGGGGAUUGCUACCUCCUGGUGACUCGUGACAAGAUCAUAAACUGGAUCGGGGAGUACUGCAAUGUCAUCGAGAAAGCUCGGUCUGCAGAUAUUGCUGGCUUCAUCCAGCAGAAGAAGGACCUUGGUUGCAAGGCAGCAGCUCUGGUCAUCUUGGAGGAACACAAGGGCCACCUUGGUGCUGGCAGACACUUCUGGAACGCCAUUAAUGGAUACAAGGAGUACCAAGACUGUGGCCCCGAGGAUGAAGAUGAGCUGUACGAGAGCCACAUCAUCAAGACCACCAUGGUGUACCAGGUCGUUGACAACUCACUCAUGCCUUACGAGGAGUACUGGGGCAUGCAGCCCAAAUAUGAGAUGCUCAAGAAAGAUGAGGUGCUGGUGUUUGACUUCGGCACUGAGAUGUAUGUGUGGCAGGGGAAGACAGUGACCAUGGAGAAACGCAAGCAGGGCAUUAAGCUGGCACAGAAGCUGUGGGAGAAGGGCUACGACUACGAGGAGUGUGCCAUCAACCCACUCUGUCCUCUACACGAUGAUGACUCGGCAGUACCUAAAAAGAGCAGUGAACGACCUUCAUGGGCUUUGUUUGGAAAGGUCAACCAGAAUAUGGAGACCAUCUUGUUUCGUGAAAAGUUUGCCGAUUGGCCAGACUCAUCUAGACUGAUAAAGGUCAAGGAUACACAACCCUCAAAACAGAAGGCGGAUGUUGUGGAAUUGCAGCCAUACGAUGCUAAGUUGAUGCUGGCUGAGAAAAAGAAUCCAGUCACACUACUGUUGGAGGGCUCUCAUGUCGGCAGGGGAACAAAGUGGUAUGAGGACAUGGAAGGCUUCAUCCGGGAGGUGGACAUUCUGACUCUUGGCACCUCUGUGUGGCACGUGCUAGAGUAUGACCACUACAAGAUGCCAGAGACAAGCUAUGGCCAGUUCCAUGAAGGGGACACCUAUGUGGUCCGGUGGCAGUACAUGAUUGCCAAUGCUGGGAUGCGGACACUGAAGGGUCAUGCUGCCAGACACUCACUGACUGGUCGGGAGAGGUGUGCCUACUUCUUCUGGCAGGGUAAGGGCUCAACAAUCAACGAACAAGGGGCAUCUGCUCUGAUGACCGUGGAGCUGGACGAGGAGAGAGGGCCACAGAUUCGUGUUGUACAAGGCAAGGAGUUGCCAUGUUUCUUGAACCUGUUUGAGGGUCGGAUGAUGGUUCAUGUAGGGAAGCGUGAGGAUGCCAGCACGAACACGCAGGGGUCCUGGAGGUUCUUCUGUGUGCGGGGAGAGUACACCAAUGAAAUGUGUCUUGUUGAGAUACCUUUGUGUACAGACAAUCUCAGAAGCCGUUCAUCUUUCAUUUUACUCAGUGUGAAAACUGGCCUUGUGUACAUAUGGCAUGGUGCUAAAUCUCCGCAGCAUACUAGGAAAAUAGCAGUCAAAGCUGUCGACAAUCUCAAGGAAAAAUGUCCUCUGGAGGUGAACAUGGACAGUCGGGCCAGCCUGCUGGUCACGGAGGUGGAGGAAGGGUCCGAGAAGUCGGACUUCUGGGGCCCACUCGGUGGUCGGCCCAAGGACAGCUACAUCUCAUUGAUAAAGGAUCCGCAGGUGUACCAGCACACAGUGCGCCUGUUCUACAUGUGCAGUGUGUCUGGGGUCUUCAAGGUGUCGGAGGUCCUCUAUGAAGCGCGCUCCAAUGAUCUCGUUUCGCCAUUCCCAUUUCUACAGGCUGAUCUCUACAACGAGUCUGUCUCCCAACCAGCGUUGUUCUUGGUGGACAAUGACCAUGAGGUGUACCUGUGGCAGGGGUGGUGGCCGGUGGGGGAUGAGGAGCAGGAGAAUGUUGCCACUGGCUCGGCUCGGGCCCGCUUUGAUACUGACCGCAGGUGUGCAAUGCUCACCACUAUCCAGUACUGUGAAGAGAAGAACAGUGCUAAACCCCCAACAGCAUACCUGGUGUGUGCGGGUGUUGAACCCAAGUCUUUCACCAAUCUCUUCCCCUACUGGGAGGUGGAUGAGACAGUCAAAGAGGUUGCCAAAGAUGACGGCAAGGAGGACGACUACUGUGACUUGCUCAGCGACGUGCUGGCUCGGUUUUCCAAGACAGAGUACUCUUUGGAGGAGCUGUUAGACCGCCCCCUGCCGGAGGGAGUUGACCCGUCCAAGCUCGAGUGGUACUUGGAAGAGGACAAAUUUCAGGAAAUAUUUGAAAUGUCCAAGGAAGAGUUUUACAAACUUCCAAACUGGAAGCAGAGGCAAGUGAAACAGCCAACCGGCCUCUUCUAAGACGCUCAUCAGGCAGAUGUCCGCUCAAAACACUGUCAUGGACAUGUCCAGCAUCUCAUGACUGCAGCAUCUCAUGGUGUCAACAUAACAGAAAUCUCAUCAUGAGACAUCAAGAGCUUUUGUUUUAUGAUCUGUGUUUGUAUUGACAGUGAAACUGGGAUGUAUAUCCACCUUACUGACAGGGUGAAUGUUGCGUGAAGAUUAUCUGCACGAGUACUUACAGACAUCUGUCAAUAUGAUCACUGGUGUCAGUUUCUCUGCUGCCAAACAAUCAGCUGUCACUCAGGUGUGAACAUUGUCAUCAAUUUCAUUGUCAUGACCAGGAAUGACGAUACAUCGUGCCUGCAGAGUCAGGAGGAUGUACUAAGUGAAAUAUCAGUUUCAUAUCCCAUGUCACCAUCACCUGUCUAUCAUCUCAUAUCAUCUGAAACAGGUGCUUGUAAAAUGAACACAUGACAUGGAUCUGAUAUACGGGGUAAUAGAGAACAAAGCCUUUCAAUAAUCUGUGAUCUGCAAUGAUAGAGUAUGCUCUAAGUUGCGUUACAAUUUGGGACAGGUGCUUUAAGAGUGUCAUUAGUGGAAUAUAGUGUCUUGCAACAGCCAAAAACAUGCUGUGCAACAAUUCACAACAGUGAUUGGCAGAAAUGAGCUCCAUAUUGCCUGGGAAGUGUAGAUAUGGAUGACAUACCUCUGGACAUUGUCAUGCGCACCAAAGCAUGAUUGACAAACCACAGAGCACCACCACAUCAGACCACAGGGUGCUAUUACCAGACUUGUGCAACUUGCUACUGAUAACCACACGUUUCAACAGGGAUCUCAUUAGUGCUGCCUUAAGACAACUGCUGUGUGUAUGUCAUUGUGUUGUGUUUCUUCUCUGUCAUUGACCAGUGUAAAACCUCAAUGCAAGAUGAACUUGAUCCACAUGUUACACCCAAUCCAAGAUGGACUUGCUUGACCCACAAGAAGUACAAAAUGGACUUGCUUGACCACUGUAAAACCACUAUACAAGAUGGACUUGCUUAAUCUCUGUAAAAUCUCAAUACAAGAUGGACAUGCUUGACCCCUAACAAGUACAAGAUGGACAUGCUUGACCCCUAACAAGUACAAGAUGGACAUGCUUAACCACUGUUAAAUCAAUACAAAAUGGACUUGUCCUAGACAUACCAAUAUACCUGAAGGUCAACAACUACUGAUCAAGUGUACUACAUCAGAUUCAAGGUCAUAAUCAACAUUCUCAGUGUUUUGACUGAGUAAAUCUAGAGUGCUUUCAGGCUAGUAGUUGGAAUGUGCAACAAAGUAGCAUAUUUUACUGAGUUAGCGAUGUUGUCCUUCAGUGACAAAUAUUCCCAUUAUUGAUUACAGUUGGUAACUAUUUUGUGACAGAUAUUUUUUGACAAUAGUUUUGAGAACAUGAUUCUACUUGCUCUUCCAACUUACUGAUUGCAGGUAAAGAUUUAGUGCUAACUUGAUCUGUGCUCAGUCAUAUUGCAGUUUGUUUUUACCAAGGUGUAACAAUUUUACUUAAGCUUAUAGUUAUAAGUUAUAAGAAAUGAAAACAAAUUAGUUUUAUUAAAACACAUUUUAUCUUUUCAACUUAUAAUACACCACCCCCACCCCACCCCAUCCCACCCACACCCUACACACACCCUACACACACCCUACAAUAAAAAGUGAAUCAAACAUAAUGUAAUGUAUACAUGUUAUUGUGUAGGAGGUACUGAUUUGAACAAGUUGGAUUGAAUAACUAUAGUGCAUAAUGUUGGUAUUUGCAGUUUGUAUAUAUGAGAGAAAAGUGAGGCGUGUACUGUACAAUGAGUGUGUACAACCGUGUGUGUCACACACCCUUCCUCUACAGCCAGGGUGUCUCACGACCACCUUCCUUUAGACCCACUGUAUUUAUGAGUUGGUUUACAAAACUUACAGACAAAUUAACAUUCUUUGGACAAAGAUAAUUAGGCCCGAUUGUGUAUGACAGUUAGGUGUUGUCCCAGGGAUGUGUGAACAAUACAGGGAACCACUGACUUUGUUUUUUCACAGUGUAUUUCUCAACUAUUUUUUAGACUCCAAUCAAGAUCCUUUGUCCUGCAAAUCUGCUAAACCUAAUGUCAAACCAUUGCAAGAACUUAGAGACGUCCCAAGUUAACUUGUUUCUUUCUCAUUCAUUAUGGGUAAAUCAAUUUGGCAGUUGCAUUUUUAAAAAAUAAUAAAACAAUUUCCCCUACCACUUACUUGAAUUUGGGACCCAAAAGUUUGUAAACCAACUUUCAAUAAAAAAUGGGUCUGGCAACCGUGGGGGACCACUACUGAGAUGGUUGGCAGUGGAUGUCCCAAGUCUGGCAGCAUCCUUGAUGUAACCAUGUUUCCUGUAUCAGUGUUUACGUUGUGUACUCGACCACUGUGAUGUCAACAUAUACAUUACACUUUUCCAUAUCAUAAUCACUCUCCAUGUAUAUAUAUGUUUUGUAUUCUGCUACAACCCUUUCAAUUGUACAUAGAUUAGUGUACAUAUACCAUCAACACAGAAGAAAUUAAAUUCAACUUAUACAUCAAA